AUGAAUGCAUUAAUAUUAGUAGGGGGAUAUGGUACACGUUUAAGACCGUUAACCUUAACAACUCCAAAACCUUUAAUUAAUUUUUGCAAUAAACCAAUUUUAGAACAUCAAAUUUUCAACUUAGCAAAAUGUGGAAUUAAAGAAAUAAUUUUAGCAAUUGCUUAUAAGCCUACAGAUAUAACAAAUUUUGUAAAAGAAUUAGAAAAAAAAUAUGAUGUUAAAAUUUAUUAUUCCAUUGAAAAUGAACCAUUAGGAACAGGAGGACCAAUUAAACUUGCAGAGAAUUAUUUAAAUAAAUAUGAUGAUUUUUUUGUUUUCAAUUCAGACAUUAUUUGUUCAUUUCCUCUAAGGGAGAUGAUGAAUUUUCAUAAGGAAAAUAACUCACAACUGACAAUAUUAGUAAAAGAAGUUGAAGAUCCAAGAGCAUUUGGUGUCGUAAUAACAGAAGGUAAAAAAAUUACAAAAUUUGAAGAAAAACCAUUAGUUCCUAAAUCAAGUUUAAUAAAUGCAGGAAUAUAUAUACUAAACAAAAACAUUUUAAAUUUAAUUCCAAAAAAAAAUACAUCAUUAGAAAAAGAAAUAUUUCCAAAGUUAGCUAAUGAGCGUAUUUUAUACUUUUAUAAACUAAAUAAAUUUUGGGCAGAUAUUGGUAAACCUUUAGAUUUUUUAAGGGGUCAAGAAUUAUAUUUAAAAGAUUUAGAAGAAAAAAAAGAUGAUGAAAAAAGUUUGCAUGAUUAUUUAUGUAUAUGCUAUAAUAUAAAAGAAGAAAUUGAACCAAAAAAUUGUGAUAAAAAAAAUUUAUAUAUAACUUUUGAAAAUAUUGAAGAAUUAAAUAAAUUUAUUGGAAAUAAAAAUAAUUUUUUUAAUAAUGUUUUACCUCAUACAAAAAUUGAAGGAAAUGUAUUGAUAUCAUCAAAAACUGUAAUUAAAAAAAAUUGCGUGUUAGGAGAUAAUGUCGUACUAGGUGAUAAUGUAAUAGUAGGAGAAGGUUGUCGAAUAAAAAAUUCAUGUGUUAUGAAUAACUCUAUUAUAGAGUCCUACACCUAUAUUGAAAAUUCUAUAAUUGGAUCAAAGUCAAGUGUAGGCAAAUGGUCACGUAUUGAAGGCUUAUGUGUUUUGGGAGAAAGCGUUAUUUUAGAAUCAGAAAUUUUUUUGAAUAAUGCUUUUAUUCUUCCAUUUAAAAAGGUUAAUGAUUCUAUUUAUGAAAAAGGUGCAGUAAUUAUGUAA